AUGUAUAUCCCGGAGACUAUGGAACGGGAAACCAUUAUGACGAGACAGGGAGUGCGCAGGAGGAGGGAGUCAGCGUCAGAGGCUUCAGGUACCCCACAACCCGCCACUGCUGCUGCUGGUGUUACCACCACCACUCCCUCGCAUCAGAUUUACACCAACCCCUCGAAUAAUGGCACCCGCGUCCGCGUCUCUGGUACUAAUAUCGUGCUUAUUCAGAAUCCUCAUCAUCAAACCGUCGCGGUCGACGCCGACGAAAAGAGUCCCGCUUCUGGACAUGGGUAUCAGAAUAGUAGCGAGGCUAAGGAAGAGGAGAAAGUUCCUGAACCAACCCCGACUUCGACUUCAAUAUUAACUCCGGUUCCAGCUCCGGUUCCGGUCAAGAGGGGACGUGGACGACCUAGAAAGAAUUUCUCCGAUGUGGCCGCGACGGGUGCUGGGAUACCGCGUUAG